CCAAAUAACACAACAUGGUGAAGAUGCAUCCGUAGAUGAUGAUGUCAUUGCAACUGCGAUUCCUAAAUUAAGAAAAUUAUUAGCUAAAUUUGAGUUAAAAGAUGUUUACAAUAUGGAUGAAACAGGAUUGUUUUAUUGGUAA